AUGGAGGACCUGCUGAGCCAGCUGGCGCACCUGACAGAGUCGCAGCAGGGCCUGCUGCGCGACCCACCCUGGGAGCUGCGCGCCAGGUGCCUGGAGGCGCUGCGGGCUGCGCUCCACAGCGGCACCAACAAGCUGGUCACGCUCGCCAUACAGGGGCUGCAGAAGAUGCUGCGGGACGACAGGUUCGCCUCCCCGUUCGAGAGUGACGACGAGAGCCUCUGGCUAACCACCCAGCUGUUGGAUGUGCUGCCGCCCAUGACCUCGCUGACCGAGGAGGCGCAGGUGGAGAUCAUGAGGGUGCUGCUGAACGCCACCUGCCAGAGCUCGUGGGUGGCCAACAACGCGCUGGUGGUGCGUAUCGUGACGCUGUGUCACCAGCUCUGCACGCUGACGCCGGCCGGCGGUCCGGACAUGGUGGCCACCGCCGCCCAGGCCACUGCCUGCCAGGCCGUGCGAGGCUUCGCUGCCAUGCUCGACGAGGACUACGAGAGCGCUCUGAGCGAGCAGCAGGACUCUGCCAGCCGGGCCGAGGAGGCGCCGCCUGUCCAGGUGUACGAAGACGUGCUGCCCACCUACCGCCACCUCUGCCAACAGAUCGACCAGCACGCCGGCAAGAGGCCGGCGUCGCCUAGCGGGCACCCAGCGAGUCUGCAGUUCCACUUGUCGACGCUGCUGGCGCUGCUAUCGGCGCUGCCGGUGCGCGUGCAGCGGUGCGCGGGCGUGCUGGAGCAGACGUGGCGCCAGCUGACACCGGCGCUGGUGCGCCUGCUGGGCUCGCCGACCAGCGAGAGGGUGGGCGCCGUCCCGGCCCGACGCGACCCGCCCCCCUGCGUGCUGCUGAUCCUGGCGCUGAUUUGA